CCCGGCAGUGACCGCGCGCCAGGACAGGCAGAGGCAGAUAUACAGUUCAAAGAACAAGAGUUAAAAUGAAUAGUCAAGGACAGGUUGACAUGUUUCAUUGCUGCAAGUGUCGAAAAUAUGUAGCUAAUUCUGAUUGCUUGAUAAAGGACCGUAAUGCAGAUUUAUUUGAACAGCCUCAUUCUUCAACUGCUUCUCAGGAUGUCUGUAAUGUAUGGCACAUGAAUAUAGAAGCUCUUCCAGACUGGGUGACUUGCAUAAUAGAAAAGGCACAAUGGACAACUGGAAAAUUGAACUGCCCAUUCUGUGGAGCCUGUCUUGGGGGCUUUAACUUUGUCAAUAAUACAAAAUGCUCCUGUGGCCAGUUUACAAAUAUCCAUCUUUGCAAGAGGCGAACUGACUGCCGGCCAGCUAGUUCAGUUACAUCACCAAUAUUACAACUAAAUCACUUGUCACUUUGUAAAGUUCAUUCUGAUUUUAACAAGGAAAUAUCACCAGGUGUGACAGGUGGAACUUCAGGAGCUAGAAAUCAAAGACUUUCAUACAAUGCCAAAAAUAAUGACGGCAUUGGAAGAUUAAUAGAGGCACUUUGCCUAGAGGUGAGAUCAACCAACUUUGAGAUGAGUAGUAAAAAAUUACACUUUAGACUAUAUAAUCCAAAAACAAGUAUUUCAGCUUCACUGGCUGUGAAUGACAGAUACAGUGUAAAAGCUUUUCAUAGAAAAUCACAGAGUUUGGACUUGAACUUCAGAGGGAGGCUUGUCUUGUUUCCUACUUUAUAUGGAACUUCCGUGACCGAGAGACCUGUUUUCUCCAGGCAACAAGAAACACAGCCUUUUAACACAAAGCGUUGCUUACAAUUAAAGUCUAGCAGAACACAUAAUUAUUUUCAGUUCCCACUUAAAUCAGAUGCUGGUGAGCUUCCAAAGACUUUUUCUGUUACUUCCUACAGUGUACUAGCACAAGAACAGACUAAGUUUAAACCUUGUUUAGAAGCUUCCAAAAACUACCUUGAGAAUGCUGCUAUUGACCAGCAGCUGUUCCUGUCUUCAUCCGAGAGCACUGCAGAAGAUGUGAAACAGCACAUCACAUCUCUUGGUCAUCUUCAGCCCUUGUCAAUUAUUGAUCAAAAAGUGAGCAAGAGAAAAAGAAACCAAUUGAACAGUUUAAGAAGGAAGCAAAGGUGGCAAGAGAGGUGGCUACAAAAGCAGACUAUGAAUUCAGAAGAGGAGCAUGAACACAGACAAGAUAAGGAAAGCUACCUUUGCGCAGUGUGCCUAGAUGUCUACUUUAAUCCUUACAUGUGCUAUCCAUGCCACCACAUCUUUUGUGAACCUUGCCUGCGCACACUCGCCAAAGAUAACCCAACCAGCACUCCAUGUCCUCUGUGCCGUACUGCCAUUUCCCAAGUUUUUUUCCAAUCAGAACUCAAUAAUUCCACAAAAGUUCACUUUCCUGUGGAAUAUUCAAAAUUAAAGGAACAUUUUCAAGAAUCAAGUUUAGCAAAGUGGCCCCUCCCUAGCUGCAAGAAAGCCUUCAGAGUUAUUGAAGGUUUUCAGAGCCCAGACUCCUUUACACGGAGGCAUUUCCCACAUGCUGCUCACAGGAUGGAUUAUAUGGACUUUGAGGAUGAUAGCCGGAUAUGGCGAUUUGACAUGGACAUGGUGAUAAUCUACAUUUAUUCCAUCAAUUGGGUCAUAGGAUUCAUUGUGUUUUGUUUUCUCUGCUAUUUUUUCUUUCCUUUUUAGGGAUUGUAUUGUUUUUAAUUCAGCCAUCAGACAAGAGACUAGACAUACCCCAAUGACCCAAUGUAAAGAAUGCAGAUUAUGUAUGAGAUUUGGGUUUACUGUACAAGAUUGAGAACGCUAUAGCAUGAAUAAUUGCAUCAAUUUUAUGAUCAUUUGAUUUUUCUGUUGUGUUUUGAAGUGAAGGAAAGUUUGUGUAUAGAAAUGAAUUGUCAAAUCUAAUGCUUUUUCUAAUGCCUACUAAAAUGGCACAUGAUCUCCUGACCUUGUAUUAUCUUUUUGGUUUUGUAUUAACUUGUAACCAAAUUAGGGCAAAUUUUCAGAUGCAUGUUCAUCAGACAGUGGCUUCAAGAUCAAGUGAUGACUGAUAUGUAUGAAACAGCUGUCACAGAUAGAAUAUCACCUCAGAUACAAUGAUUUUUGUGGAGGCUUUUGCACAUGAAUCUGUUAAGCUAGAUCUAAAUAGUUCUCAUGUGAGUUGUUUGCUUAUUUUCAAAGUGCGCCACAUGGAAUUGGUAUGUUGAGUCUCUGGCUUUCCUCUUCAGGAAUUCCUUGAGAAUUUGGGAUGUUAUCCUACUUGUAUGGCAACGUGCAAUAUUUCUAAUAAGUUCACA